UGAAGGAAAUAAAUCACACGUAAACUAUUUGAUCCUUUAUAAAAAAACAAGGCUUCAAGUCAUACGUAAUUGAUUACUCUGCGGGCUUAUUGCCGGGAUUAGUAAUCUGUUCCUGAUUUCGGUCGAUAUUCUAUGAUUUUGUUUUGUUUUUUAUUUCUUGUUUAUCACUUGAUUUGUGAUCAAUAAUGCACUGUCAAUAAAUUGUUUUGGCAUCAAUUUUUUUUAUCAAGAUAACAUAGUGUCAACUAUUCAAAAGUGAUAAAAAAUUUAAUAAAUCGUUGGAAGGCUAUAUAAUUACAUGCUAAUUGUAAUUCUUAUGUAUAUAUAUAACAUACAUCACAUUAGAUUAUAUACAUAGUUAAAUAAAUAUGGAUUCUUAUAAGAAAACUGCUCACUCUGACAGAAGUGCCAAUUUUGAUGAUGCAGAGGUAAAACUCUUGCUGGAUCUAGUUAUAAGAUUUAAAUCUGUAAUAUUAAACCGCAACACAAAUGCAAAUACAAAUUUAGCUAAAGAAAAAAUAUGGAGACAGAUAACUAAACUAUUUAAUAAGGAAAAAAUAAAUGUGCAUAGAAGUUCUGAUCAUUUGAAAACAAAGUGGUUAAAUUUAAAGAGAGAAGCAAGGAGAAUACAAAAUAAUUCACCUAGUGAAAUGAAUGAUGUUCAGAAACAAGUAAUCCAGUUAUCAUAUGAAUCAGUCAAUGACCCCAGUCUUCAAAUAGAAAUCUCGGAACAGGAUUUAUAUGAAGAGUCGGAAACCAAGGAAUUACUAAAUGAGAACACACAUAAAUUAUUGGAUGAUGAUAAAGCGAGCUCUUGUCACUCUGUUUCAGAUGUUGAUGACGAAAAACCGUUGAAGGAGAGGGACCGAUGCUACAUGAAACGUAAUGGAAUAAGAAAGAAGUCAAUGAAUUUUUCAGCACAAGAGUGUAGUCUUCUUUUGAAAUUGGUUAAAGAGGAAAAACAUAAUCUCUUUAUGGCGGGUAUGUCAAAGGAGGUCAUAAGGAAGAAGUAUUUAGCUUGGGAGAGGGUAGCAAAAAGAUUUAAUGCGGUCAGUUGGAAGAAGAGGCCAGUUCAAGUAUUAAAAACUAAACUCGAAAAUAUGAGGAGACUCAAUCGACACAAAAUUAGUUUAAGUACGUCCAACACAGAACACGAGGAAAAGGAACUGUCUGUGAAAACGGAGCCAAGUGUAGAGUAUAAUGUAGAUUGCAGUGAGUUCAGCCAGUCUGUGGAUGAAGAUAGAAUAAACGAACGAGCAUCAUCACCCAUACUUAAUGAUAUGGACCCGCUCAGAUUUGUUCUGAACUCGGAUUCUGGACUAGGUAUUAACUGGUCGACAAGUAUUUGUUCUCAAAACGAUACGGACCUAAUAAAAUUGAAGAUGGAAUUAAUCAACUAUCAACUAGAAACUGCGAAACUGGAGCGAAAGCGCGUAGAAGACGCUGUAAGGGCAGAUAAAGAAGAACAAGAGUCUCGAGCGAUUGAAAAUUCGUUGCGCUUGCGCACAGCGAGGCUGAAAGCUUUAGCUGCUGAAAGGGAAUUAAAUGAAGAUGAUCGAAAUGGUUUAGGGUAUACAGAACAAGAAAUAUUAGCGAUGGAAUAUUUGAAAAUGUCUACGAAUGUUAGUUAAUAAAUGAUCCUAU